AUGCCGACGCUGAACCUGAGCACAAACGUGCCGGUGGACGCGGUGGUCGCCGCCGACAUCCUCAAGGACUGCUCCAAGGCCGUCGCCAGGAUCAUCGGCAAGCCCGAAUCCUAUGUCAUGGUGUCGAUCAACGGGUCGGUGCCCAUGUCGUUCGCGGCCAGCGAAGAGCCGGCGGCGUACGGCGAGCUCGUGUCCAUCGGCGGCAUCGGCCCCGGCGUCAACGGGAAGCUGAGCGCUGCCGUCGCUGAGGUCCUCGAGACCAAGCUCUCCGUCAGCAGGUCCAGAUUCUACAUCAAAUUCGAUGACGUGCAGAGAUCCAACUUUGGCUUCAACGGAUCCACAUUCUAA